AAUAGCAUACACCAUUGUAGAUUGUGUGGAAUCAAAGUCAAAGAGCGAAAUAUUUUCCAACGCCAUUUGUUGAUCCAUGGCAAAGAUGAAUCUAACUGGUGUCGUAUUUGCAGUAAACCUUUUUCAAGAUCCUCAAUAGCUGAUAUUUUCAUCAAAGAGCAUAUUUUGAUAACACAUUUGAAAUAUAAACCAUAUAAAUGCCAACAUUGUGACUUCUCUGCCUUUUCUCAGAAGUCAUUCUCUGUUCAUUCUCGGACUGGCCAUGUUGGGACCUUCACCUUCAUGGAAGAAAGGAAUAUUGGAAGUUUAAAUGCUUCCAAAGCUGUGCUGAAUGUUGUAAAACCCACCAAACCCCUACCCCCAUUUAAAUGUGUGUUUUGUGACCUUGAAGAAAUUAAAGAAGAAUUCAUGAGAUAUCAUCUUUACAUUCAUUUGGACUACAAACCAUUUAAAUGUGAUCAGUGUACUCAGGCUUUUUCAGAUCCUUUUCAACAAAAGCAACAUAUAAAUGGUGACCACACUCUAAAAGCCAAAGUAUUAGACUCCUCCUCAUCUUCAGACAUAUCAACAGCAUCUAAAAAUACAAAUUGCAUGAGUUCCAGCUUACAAUAUCGAUGCUUGCGGUGUAACACCAUAUGUUACUCAGAAUAUGAUUAUCGUCAGCAUUUAGCAACUCAUAAAACUUUUAAGUGUCUUGUGCCAGAUUUAGCAAGAAAUCCACAACUGAAAUGUGAAAUCUGUUCCUAUCGUUCUCAAGAUACAGUUAAAUUCACCAAACACAUGAUA